AUUGCUGGUUAUGAAGUUAGUAUUUGCACUAGUGCUAUGAAGAAGGUUGCUUAUGUUGUUCUCUUCUUCAUCUUUUCAGCAAGUAAGAGCUAGUGGAGUGAUGAUAGGGUUGGUGACAGGAGCAGUGAAUGGGCAAACAAAGGAGACAGGGAUGGUGAGAGGUGCGAUGAUUGGUGCCAUUGCCGGUGCGGUGGUGGGCAUGGAGGUUCUUGAGUCUUGCUUCCAAGGAGAGCUUCUAUCCAAGAUGAGAAUCUUUAAAAGCCUUGUAAAUGGGAAGAUAUUCCGGGAAUACGUCGGUCCAGCCAUCCUCAAAGCAUAUCAAUGGCAGCAAAAUGAAGCAGAAAUCAAUUACUCAGAAACUGCAGACAUGUUUGAUGCCAGUAAAAACAAAGGUUUAUUACCAGAAAAUGUCAAGAAACUGCCUGAAUUCAUCAUCAGUGACAGAGCUAUCUGUUGUGCCAUUUGUUUACAGGAUUGCAAAAUUGGAGAGAGUGCAAGAAGAUUGCUAUCAUGUGCUCAUUUUUUUCAUAUGAAGUGUAUUGAUGAAUGGCUUGUCAGAAAUGCAACUUGCCCAAUCUGCAGAAAAGAUGUGUAGCAAUUUGUUCUUGGGAGGGAUGUGCAUCAAUUGCACAUGUUACCAACUUGGUCUAAAUCACAUGGCAAGAUUGAUUUUUUGGAGUAAAUUUUUUUGUGAGUCACUAAAUUUUGGCUCAU